AUGGCUCCAUUCCUCAACGACAACGAGUUGCCCUCUACCAAUCCUAGAUCUGACAAUGAGCGUCUCUGCCAGAUAAUCACACCGGUCGGCAAUUUUGGCAAUGGAUUUGUGGACUCCCAGGUGGCUGAGGCAUUGGAAGGAACCAAAGGCCUAUCCACUCCCACAGCUAUAAUUCUUGACUCCGGCUCCACAGAUUCAGGGCCCUCUAAAUUGGCUCUAGGCUAUAUGAGCUGCCCAAGAUCGUGCUACGAGCGUGAUAUGCAUCGACUGGUCAACUUCAGCAUCAAGUAUAAGGUUCCUUUGUUGAUCUCUUCCGUUGGUGGCGACGGAAGCGAUGAGCACGUGGAUGAGUUUUUAGCCAUCAUCCGAGAGUUGGCCGAGCUUCCUGAAAACAGUUCAUGGGACAUUAAGGUCAUAGCCAUCUAUGCUGGGGUGACACCAACUCGAGUCACAGAAAGAUUGAAGUCUGGCAAGAUUACCGGCUGUGGCAAGAGCGUUCCAGAACUCACUCAGAAGGAGAUCGAUGAUGUACCUAGGAUCGUUGCACAAAUGGGCCCUGAACCAUACUUGCAAGCGAUGCUUGAUAAUCCGGAUUUCAACAUCAUUAUCGGUGGUAGAAGCUAUGACCCUUCUCCGUAUGUUGCAUACUCUGCUUACAACGCUCUUCAAAAGAAGAGCGGGGAUAUGUACAGCCUCGGCAAGGAUAUCUUAGGGUCUUUCACACAUAUGGGCAAGAUCAUGGAGUGUGGAGGACACUGUGCGACUCCAAAGAGCAAUGGUGCCAUUGCACAGAUUUACAAGAAUGCUACCUUCGACCUCACGCCCAUGGAUCCUCAGGCCAAGUGCAUCCCACGCAGUGUUGCAGCUCAUUCGCUCUAUGAGAAAUCUCGCCCUGAUAUUCUUCACGGGCCUGGUGGUUACAUGAACCUUUCAAACUGUACCUUUCAACAGCUCGAGGAUGGCCGAACGACGAGGGUACGCGGAGCUAUCUUUGAGGCGUCACGCGCAAACGGCGAAAAUUAUACUGUCAAGCUAGAAGCCGCACGAACUACAGGCUUUCGAACACUCUUUAUGGGCUCGUUCUCUGAUCCGAUCUUGAUCAGUCAACUCGAUGACUUGUUGGAACGUGUCAAGGGCUACGCAAAGAUGCAACACAAGGAUGUGAAAGAGUUCUGGGACUUGGGGUUCCACAUAUAUGGCCUGAAUGGUGAGGCUGUAAGUUCUUCGCCGACAUUCGCCGACCGUCCAUAUGCUGUGACACAGCGGGUUUUUCUCGUUGGCGAAGCCAUCGCCGAGACUCAAAAGCUAGCUACAAGUGUUGCCAAUGUCGCCAGAGUAGCUUGCGUUCAUGGCCCCUACAAGGGACAAAAGGCGACAUCUGGCAAUUUUGGAUUCGGGAUUGGAGGGAAGCUUGAGCUUGAAGUUGCGGAAUGCGCCGAAUUCUGCAUCUACCAUCUAAUGUCACUGGCUGAGGGCGAGGAAGGUGCCUUAUCCGCAUCGUCUCACGAGAGCGGCAUCGCAAACACGGUUGACGGCAAGGGUCUCUUCCACUGGACAGUUGGUAAAUUCGGCAAAGCGAGCCCCCAACAACCACCUGAAGAUCCUGUGCCGACCAUCCUUUCGCAAGCUACUAAUGGCGCACCGACACAAAAGACCAAAGCCACAUCCAUUGUCCCUAAAGUUAACGCUUUCAAAAUCCCUGCUAACCCCCGAUAUCUGGCCGACAUCGCAUCUGUCCUUCGCUCAAAGAAUUCUGGGCCAUAUGAAAUUACUGUCGAUAUCUUAUUCGACUCUGCCGAGGUAUACCAACUCGUGAAAGCCUCAGGAAUUCUCACAACAGAGACCAUUGCAGAACAAUACCAAAUGACGCCCGAUGAGAUGGUAUGGGCCGGAUUCUUCGAUCUGGCCCAAGCAUUCAAAGCAACAUUUCCCCGUAAACGGGACGGCAAAUUACGCGUCUCAGGAGGAUAUCUGGAAAACGACGUCCAUGGCUCUCAGAAGUAUCUUCAGCUUAUGGAACUAAAGCUCACCGAAGAUCUGAGGGAGAAGUUGCUUGCUAUUCAGCAGCGGGAAGCCGAAAAUACUGUUUCGUCACUGCCAGUGUGA